GUUAGCCCCAGCUAGCCCCCAACCGCCCCUGAUUUCUUCCUUCUCUAAACUUGUCAUCCUCAAACUACAGCUCCGAUUCCUCCACUCACCUCUGAUUGUUUCCUGAUGCUGUUGUCAGGGCUCAUCAGGUUGCCCAGCAAGAGGUAGAACUGCUGCUGUUCCGCCAUUGCAGUGAGAUCCAAAAAGAACCAGCCGGGUGGUGAAGCGGCGAAAUGAGCCCGGCAGACCCUGCUUCGGUCACACAAUGCUUCCAAUGCCCCAUUGGUCAGUUAUAACAACUCUACUCACUGCUUAUUGGUCGAGACUCCCUUCUUCGACGCACGCCAUUGGCUGACACAGGUUCUCAGAGCCUAUUGGGUGAGCUGGACUCAAGAAAAGUGAUGUGUUUCUCUCAUUAGUUUAUAGUGAAUGACUAAAGCGCGGGAAAUUACUUCACCAGUGUGAGAGACCUACCUCAGUCUUCAACUACAUUUCCCAUGAUGCACCACACUAAACCGGAAGUAGGUACGUGUUCACUUUCGCGACAGUUCAGGAAGCAUCUGCGAACAGCUACAAACACAAGCAAGAGUCGGUGCUUUCUCCUGCGAAGGAGUUCAGCAAAACAGCACCAUGUUGCCGACCACCUCCCCGCAAACAAAUGGUGCCCUCAACUCCAGGGACGCCGCACGCCACACGGCGGGCGCCAAACGCUACAAAUACCUGCGACGGCUCCUCCACUUCAGACAGAUGGACUUUGAAUUCGCUCUGUGGCAGAUGCUUUACCUCUUCACGUCCCCGCAGAGAGUCUACAGAAACUUCCACUACAGGAAACAGACUAAGGACCAGUGGGCCAGAGACGACCCGGCUUUCCUGGUCCUGCUCAGCAUCUGGCUCUGUGUGUCAACGAUAGGCUUCGGCCUGGUUUUGGACAUGGGGGUCCUGGAGACUCUGAAGCUGCUCCUGUGGGUCGUCAUUGUGGACUGUAUAGGCGUCGGUCUGCUCAUAUCAACUCUUAUGUGGUUCAUCACGAACAAAUACCUGCUGAAAAAUCCCAGCAGACAUUUCGACGUGGAGUGGGGCUACGCGUUCGACGUUCACCUAAACGCAUUCUACCCUCUCUUAGUCAUCCUACAUUUCCUUCAGCUCUUCUUCAUCAACCACAUUGUGGUGAUUAACGCAGACUGGUUCCUGGGAUAUUUUAUUGGGAACUCUUUGUGGCUCAUCGCAAUAGGUUAUUAUCUCUACAUCACAUUCUUAGGCUACAACGCCCUGCCCUUCCUGAGUAACACGGUGGUGCUGCUCUACCCGUUCGCUCUGCUAGGCCUCAUCUACGUCCUCUCCAUCUCUCUGGGCUGGAACUUCACUAAGGGUCUCUGCUGGUUCUACAAGUACAGAGUCCAGUAAAACCAGUCCGUCUCUGAGGCUGGACUCUGGUUUGCUCCUUUAUUCACUCAUAUCUCUGAGGCAGAGAAUCCACUUCCAGCUCCUCACACCCGGCUGAUAAGGACUCCUGUUGACUCUCGACUUGACGGACGUUUGACUCUGUGAUUUUCCGUUCGGCUCUUUUGUUGAGCUCCUAAAAGAGUGAAUGAUUUUGUUUGGACUAGUUGCAGAAACGGGAUGAUAAACAGCUUUUAUUGUUGUUCUUUUUGUAUGAUUUGUAAAUAGUUUUCUGACAGGUUGUAAUAUAAACAACAAAGAUUGUUUCUGAAGAGGAUGAAAUUUGACUUUUCUUUAAAAAAGGACUGGAAAGAAUCCGGUUUAUUGAGGAGAAAAGAGGAAAGCGGAGGAAGCUUGGUGGCAAACUUUAUUUUCCUUUCUUUUUUCUUAAAGUGUACAUUCCAGCACUUUCAAUAAAAGGUUUUAUUAA